AAGUUUUGCAUGGGGGGGGCGGGACGGGGCGGGCCUGAAAUCCUGUUUCUCUUCCCUUUUCCUAGGAAAGCCCUGGCCGGGCUCAGCCGCCGAGGGGCUGGGAGUCCGGAACAGGGAGGGAGCUUUGCUACUGCUGCAUCGGACCAGUCACCCAGAGGAGCUGAGCCCGGCCCAGCGCCUGCGGCAGCGUCCCCAGCCCGAGCGCGGCGGAGAGUCCAUGGAGUCAGCAGGGUCUCACUGUAACUGCAAGACACACAAGACAGUUGCCCUCAGAGUCGCCGUAGUCGUGAUCUUUGGUCUCCUCAUCGCUGUUAUUGCCCUGGCAGUGUUAUCUGGGCGCUCUCCAGCUGCAUGGGGUCCCUGCUGCCCGGACACCUGGGUCGGCUACCAGGGGAAAUGUUACUAUUUCUCCAAGACCGAAGGGAACUGGCCCGACAGCCGGAGCAACUGCUCUGCCCUGGGGGCCUCCCUGGCUGCAAUCGACAACAAGCAGGAAAUGUUUUUUAUGCAGCACAGUAAAGGCAAAUUCGACCACUGGAUUGGCCUCUGGAGGCACCCAGACCAGCUCUGGAAAUGGGCCAACGGCACCAAAUUCAACCACUGGUUUGUGAUCCAAGGAGGAGGUGAUUGCGCCUUCCUGAACGACGAGAACAGGAUCAGCAGCUCGCGGUGCACCAGCGAGGCACAAUGGAUCUGCAGCAAACCCGAUGUAUUUACAGCAGCAAAGGAGACGCCAGGGGGAGAAGCCUCGUAACAGGCGUGUGUUCAAAGGAUACGUCACAAGGAAUAUUGUGUACAGAGAUCGUUACAACAGCAUGCAGGGUGUGAAUACUGCCUAGCAGAGUGUCUCGCUGGGAGUGGCAGAGCAAUUCUAACUCCUGCCUGCUGCCUUGUGCCAGCCUAGGGCUCUAAAAGUUCACGGAAAAUAGUUAACACCAGUUUAACAUUUCAGGCUUUUAUUUUUUAAAAAAAGCCCCAAACUAGAAAUUGGCAAUUAAAGCUGCAAACUUCAAAAUCACCUGGGUUUUCAC